UCAAAAUUUCCCAAAAUGUAACAUUCAAAUGGAUAACCCGUUACUUUGACAACACAACAUACUUUUAAAUCCAAAAAAACCAAAAAAAAAAAAAACAUUUUGAAUCACAGAAGUUUUAUUACCAUAUCAUGUUAUAAAAUUUAGUUAGAUAAUAAUGCUGUUGCCCUUAAUGAACUUUCAGUCUGCUGAAGACGACGCCAAUCCGAAUGUUACGAUUCUAAAACGCCAGAUCGCUGAAGAUGGAACUAAAACACAGGCACUGCUGCUCCAAGCGUUCCGUUUCGAGUUGUUCGAUGACACCAAUGCGUACCCACUCCUCCAGGAUCAGCUCCAUCGACAGCCAGGAGGCAGGAGUCACUGAAGCAAGCCCAGGAUCAGUCAUGUCCCCUGGAAAACGAUCCCCCCAUGAAACACAAACAACAAAAGGGUUCCUUUCAUUUUUGUUUGGAAAACGAUUCCGAAAGGCCAAGAAUCAGGAUCAGGUAAAAAGCAACCACUUAUAUUUAGGGAAACAGGAUAUCAGGAAGCUAAUCCGCUUGUACUGCAAGUGUGAGAACUUGUACAACCCAAAAAACCAACACUACGGCAACAAAGAGAUCGAUGAGGAUUGCUAUUGCUAUAUGGUGGGGUCGUUUCCAGGAAAGACCAGCUCGGAACUGAGAUCCUGUCUUGAGGUGCUGAGAAAUCUCUUCGAGAAGGAGUAUACCAUUAUCGAAAGGAGACGUCGGCAAUCCGGAGAAGUUGUGACGCCUUCGAUUCGCUACUACAAGGAGUUCCUUUUCUUGGUCCCUCAUCUCCGCACCGACACCGAUUUUCUUGGCAGUGGAACCAGCUUGCUGUCGGCCGGAAAACUUUCUUCUACGGAUCUGAAAAGCCAAACGGUCGCCACCGAGAUAUUGUCUCAUAAACUGAACAAUUUUACAGGUUUUCCUUUAGCUGCGUUUCCCGGCCACCUGUCCAUCUUCCACAAGAGCGUCAAACAGAAGAAAGCGGAGGCUACUGAGCAGAAAGGUCAGGAGGUCAAACUUAAAUGGGAAAAAGAUGAACUGGAGAAAGAAAUAGAAAGUGGGCAAGAGGAUCAGAAGAAUGAAAAAUCUAGUGAUCAGGAGCAUAGAGACGAACAAAGAACCAGUGAGCAAGAGGAAAAGGACAAAAUCAACGAACUAGAGGAUCAGCAGCAGCAGCAGGUGACCUUUUCACCUUCGUUGGAACAGGAGUCCAUAUAUUCAAGCCAUAACAGAUCCCUCUCCAAGGUGUCCACCCAAUCUUCUUUCUAUGCCAAUGAGCGGGAUCUGAAAACCACAGAGUUCAAUUGCUUUUGCCAAACAGAAAGAUCGACCGAGGGUCAGGAACCUAGACCAGAGUCCUUCCAAAAGCACGUAGCCUGUCCCUGGCAAUCGGAAACUGCGCCUUGUGUGCCAAAAUUGGACCUGAAUCUAAUCAAAAACCCGUUUCCUGCCCUUGGCAAUCGGAAAACUCGGGUUGUGUGUCCCCCAAAAUCCACUCCUCAACCCCCUAUCUCCGUUGAAAAUAAACAAUUUGAUCAAUCUGGAAAGGACCAACAAUUGCAGAUGCUUUGUGAUAUGAUACGUACCGAACUAGCCACUGCUCCAGAAUUCAUAUACCAAGACGUCAAGUGGCGGAUAGUAGAGAUUUUGAGGGAGGUUCACAAAAAACAGUUGGCUACCCAGAAAACCAAGCUUCAGAAAAGACCACGUCGACCAAUGCCGCCCCAGAAACGCCCCUCUCGGGAUUCGGAGAGAUCGGAUAAAAAGUCCCAGGACAAAGGCAUCUCGAGGAUCUGCGACCAUCUCAAGUGCAGUCACUGUCCCUACUGCUGCCGGCACAACAGCUGA